AUGAAAGAAGAAGGAAAUAUAUUAGAUAAAAAAGGAGGGUUAUGUUUAGAUGAAGAUAAAAUACAGACUGAGAACAAAUCAGCAUUCCUGGCCUUUACAAAACGGUCAUUGGAUCUACCACGCUUCAAAUGCAUAUCCUGUCAAACGUUAGUUUUCAGAAAAGAUGUUACUGAAUUGAGUAAAUUGCGUCAGUCUAUUUCAAAUGAAAUAUGGAAUAAUUUAAUUAACUUUAUUAAUGAACAAGAUCCAACUAUGAAUAGCGAUUUUAUUUGCAACUAUUGUUUACGAAAAAUUCGCUCUGGAUCUAUGCCUCCAACUUGCUUACUGAACAACAUAUAUGUUGGAAAAAUUCCAAAUGAAAUUUUAGCAUUGAAUGAGUAUGAAAAAGUACUUAUACAGCGAGCAAAAGCAUUUCAAGUAGUCCAAAGAUUAGGAACUGUUGCUAAAAAAAAUCUACCUCAUACUAUGCGAAUACAAAAACUCAAAGGUCAAACAUUUCAUCUUCCCUUGCCAAUAGAAGAAACACUCAAAAAAAUUUGUUCUACUACUGAUCUUUUAAAUAAGGAUCAUGAGUUGUACAUCGUAAUGCGUAGUAUACCUACAAAGUCGAAUGUUAUAUGGGAGAAAAUGGUUAGCUUAGAAAAUGUAUUCAGAGUAUUGACAUGGUUAAAGAGUAAUAAUACUCUAUACUCUGAAAUUAAAUUAUCACAAUGCCCUCAAAAUUUACGUGAAUGGUUAGAUUCAAAAAAUAUUUCAUUUCAACUUGAAAUGACUGAAGAUGAAAAUUGUGAAAAUACAAUAAAUGGUGAAAAAAAUAAUGAUAAUAAUAAUACUCCUAUCAGUAUGGAACAAGAAAAAAAUGAUAUAAUUGGUAAAGAAGAGAUUCUUGAUAAUCAAAACGUCGAAGAGUUAAGUAAUAAGUCAGAAAAUAGAGAGAAUACAGGAGUGAGCGGAGAGAAUCAUAGUAUCACUAAAGACCACAGCUAUAGUAAAAUGUCAUCUGUCAGAGACAGAAGUAUGAAUUCUAGUGAUCAUACUUACAGUAAAAUAUCAUUGUCAACAAAAGACAAAGAAACUAAUGAUAAAAUUGAUACUCAAGAAAGCAAAAGUAAAACACCUCAACAUCAAGCUAUGAUUACUCAAGUAUUAAAUGCAGAGAGCUCUCAAUAUGCACAAUAUACUAUAUAUCCUCUUCACGAUAAAAGAAAGAAUGAUACUUCAACAAAUAUGUAUCAAAUGUUAAAAAUUAAUGAAAAAGCAUUAGAUAAUCGAUUGAAAACAUUAGACUUACAAUGUUUUCCAGAUUUAUAUCCUUAUGGUAAAAACGGUCAAUGUGAAGAAAGAGAAGUACGUAUAACUGCUUUCGAAUAUAUUAAAGCAAAAUUAAAAUCAGCUGAUUCACGUUUUCGUCUAAACCAGCAAUAUUUAUUCUUUUUAUUAAAUGACGCUAACAUUCGUCAACUUGGUGCAGGUGUUUAUCAUACACUGAAUGUUACAAAUGCUCGUGAAAGAUAUACAGCGCAAAGUUAUUUGAAACAUCUCAAAGAUGGUCAGUUAGAAGCAAAUUUAACAACUCUGUUUGCUCGACUUCGAAAUUCAGAACAAUUUUGGAGUAAGCCUAGAAACAAUUUGGCAUGUAUGACACGUCAUUAUGGACCUGCAACAUGGUUUUUUACUGUCAGUCCUGCUGAAUGGCUUUGGGAUGAUUUAAUUGAGUAUAUAAAGGAAAUUAAUACUCCACACUUUGAUAAACUAUCUGCAAGUGAAGUAAUUGCAGCUGACCCAGUAUCAGUUUCAAGAUUUAUUGACAAUAAAUUUCAAGCUGUUCUUGAAUUCAUCAAGUCCGAUAGCCAACCUCUCGGUCCACUCAGUCAUUACUUUUGGCGCCGAGAAUAUCAAGGUAGAGGAAUUCAACAUUUUCAUUUAAUACUUUGGAUAGAAGGUGCUCCAACAAUGGGUAUUAACACCAAUGAAGAAGUUGUUGAAUUUAUCAUGAAAUACGUAACUUGUAAGUUACCUGAUAGAAAGAUAUCACCAACACUUCACAGACGCGUAACUACACAUCAACAACACAAUCACAAUAGUUACUGCUUACGAACAAAAAAACCAAAGUCAGGUAAAGUUAGUAAAGCUUGUCGAUUCGGAUUUCCACGGCCUGUUUCUGAAAACUUUGUACUUCGUGAUACUGCUACUUCAAUAGCCGGGCGUAGAAAUUUAAAAAGUAAAAGCCGACUGUAUGAUCUUCCUCGUAAUGAAAACGAAGUUAAUAUUAAUGAUUACAAUCCAUCAGUUUUAUCUAUCUGGGAAGGAAAUAUGGAUAUUCAAUUUAUCGGAGAAAAAUCUACGAUACUGACACAAUAUGUCACAAAAUAUGCUACGAAAAGAGAACCAACUAAAUCAUCAGAAACAAUUAAUGAAAUUAAUUCAACCAAAACUUUACCUCAGCUUUUGUGGAAGAUUGCGUUUCGUAGUUUAACUCACAGAGAAGUCGGAGCUCUAGAAGCUGCUGAUACUUUGUUGGGCAUUUCUCUACAUGGUACAGAUUCAGAAACUAUUAUUAAAUGGUUAGAUGUCCGAAUGAUAAGAAAUAGAAAGUUAAAAACCAAAGAAGAAAUUGAAGAAUUAGUACGUAAUGAUCCCGAAUCAACUGAGAUAUUUUGUCCUUCAUUGAUUGAUGAUUAUUAUCCUAAUCGUCCUAAAGAUUUAGAAAAUUUAUGCUUGUAUAAUUUUGCCAAAUGGUACGAUACAACUAAGACAGAACCAAAAAAUAAUCUUAAUGAGUAUUAUGAAAUACGUCCAGGAUUAUUUUUGAAAAAACGGUUACGAGGUUAUUUAAUUAAUCAUUUUAGAUAUAAUAUUGCAAAUCGACCAGAGGAUUAUUUCUACUCAUUGUUAUUAUUAUUUCAACCAUGGCGUAAUACAGAUGAGCUUAAAAAUGGAUUUGAAACUUACACAGAGUCAUUUACUCAUCAUCAGCAUAUGCUUCAACAAGCUAAUGAUUAUCAUGAAUAUAAUGAAGAAUUUGAAAAAGCUAAAGAACUCAAUGAUGCUGCACAAAAGCAUGAUAAUAAUAAUUGUACUCUAGCUGAUAUGAUUAAUAACAUGAACGCUGAUCAAAUGAAAGUUUUUGAAAAAAUUAAAAAUAACGUAUUAUCUGAUAAUACAAAAUUAAGAUUGUAUGUUAGCGGAGAAGGUGGUACAGGAAAAAGUUUUCUAAUCAAUGUAAUUAAACGUUGGAUUAGAGAAGAAUUGAAUCUAGAAACGGUUGUAACAGCCCCUACUGGUAUUGCUGCUUUCAAUAUCAAUGGAUUGACUAUACAUCGAGUAUUUCAAUUGCCUGUCGAACACGGCUUCACACCAUCUUAUACGCAAUUAUCUGACAAUGUUCUAAAAGCAUUACGUGAUCAGUUACAAAACACAACGCUAUUUAUCAUUGAUGAGAUAUCAAUGGUCUCAAAUAUUACUCUGAUAUAUAUACAUUUAAGACUCGUAGAAAUUUUUGAUAUCGAUGAUUGGUUCGGAGGUAAACAUGUUGUUGUUUUUGGAGAUUUACUCCAACUCCCUCCUGUACAUGAAAAUCCAACUUAUGUCACAUUAUCAUCUGAAGAUGCUGAGAAGUAUGUUGGGUCAUUGUGUAGUGUUAAGUUAUGGACCGACUUAUUCUGUUAUGAAGAACUAAGAAUUAAUAUGAGACAAAAAACUGAUAAUAUUUAUGGUCAGCUGCUCUCUCGAGUACGAGUUGCUUCUAUGACUAAUGACGACAUCAAAUUAUUAGAGCAGAGAAAAAUUACUAUUGAUCCGUCUCUUUCAUAUAAUGAAAAAUUACAUGAAAUAUGUAAUUACAUUCAGAAAUUGCCGUCAGAUUCAGUCUGUUUGGUACCUACUUGUAAGCAAUGUGAUUUAAUAAAUUCAGUUAUGACGAGUAAAAUUUCUUCUGAAGAAAUUAUACUAACGGCUCGUGACCACUUAGAUUGCAAUAAAUCGUUGAUCAAAAAAGUAUCUGACACUUUAAAUAAAAUAGAAGACAAUGCUAGUCAAUCAGCUGGACUUGCUAAAACUAUAACAAUAAAAAUUGGUGCGAAAGUUAUGUUACGUCGAAAUAUUGAUGUUACUCUUGGUCUAGUAAAUGGUGCUAUAGGAACAGUUAAAUCAGUCUCCAAGUCGAUUGAUGGGAGUGAAAUACAAGCUAUCAAUAUAGACUUUGGUGCAGAUACCGAAUACGCUAUUGAGAAGAUUAAAGUCAAAUUUCAAUUAUUUGAAAGAGCUUUUGUUGUAAGAGAACAAUUCCCAUUAUGCUUGAGUUAUGCAGUGACUAUUCAUAAGAGUCAAGGCUUAAGUCUAAAAAAUGCUAUCAUUGAAGCGGGGAACACCAUUUUUAAUGUUGGUCAAAUUUAUGUAGCUCUAUCUCGUGUAACAGAGUUACGUGGAUUACAUUUAAUCAAUUUUGAUCCUCAUUCCAUUAAAGCAAGCUCUUCAGCAAUUAAAGAAUAUAAUCGUUUAAGAAAAAUUUAUCGGUCUGAUUUACCUACCAUACCAAUUCCUGAUACACGGUGGCAAAAAGUAUGGGACAUGAUUUGGGCAGUUGAAGAACAUUCUAUUCAAAUUGAACCCAAAAAUGCGAAAAAAGCUUCUCUUAAUUUAUUAGAAUUUCGAGGUAUCGAAAACUGUGAUAACGUUUCCGAUGGUCUUAAUUCAAUUAUUCAAUAUGGAAAUUCUGAAAAUCAUCAUGUUGCGAUGAUUAAACAUAAUUUAUCUUGGAUCCAAAUAGAUGAUGAGACUGUACAAUCAGUAAGAUGGCCUGCGAAUUCUAAAAGUGCUUACGUAUUUUUCUUACAAAAGAAGUAA